AAUAUUAUGGCUACCACCCAAAACCAAAGUUAUGGCAAGAAGAUGGCCUUUGCAGGAGUUGCAAGUAUCUGAGCUGGGUCUGCUACCCACCCAAUCGAAACAGUCAAGACAAGAAUGCAGGUCGUCGGAGAAGUCGGCGCGAGAAGCACAGUUGAUUACAAAGGAAAUUUCUUCAAAGCUGCCAGAGUUGUAAUAGAAAAUGAAGGAGCUUCUGGGCUACUCAAAGGUAUUCAGGCGACCUGGAUGAGAGAAAGCAUCUAUAGCAGUUUGAGAUUAGGACUGUAUGAACCAAUCAAGCAUUCCCUUGGUCAUACCGAUAAAAGAAACACCCCGUUUUAUAUAAAAUUCUUGGCAGGGGGAAUCAGUGGAAUGUUGGCUUCUUCGGUUGCGAAUCCAACCGACGUCUUGAAGAUUAGGAUGCAGGCUAUGGAGAAAGAUCACCAUAAUGUACUUUGGCAUAUCAGGGACAUUAUGAAGAAUAAUGGGGUGCUUGGCUUCUACAAAGGACUUCAGGCUACAAUAGUCAGAGCCAUUAUGCUGAACGCUACAAAGCUUUCGACUUAUGAUCACAUUAAGCACACACUGAUAAAUUUGGGAAUCCUUGAAGAAGGAUAUUUAUGAUAUUUCAUUGCAUCUACUUGUGCAGGAAUGAUAAUGGCAACUGUCACAGCGCCUUUCGAUAUUGCAAGAACAAGGAUCAUGAACCAGCCUCACAACAAGAAGCUUUACGCAGGGCUCACAGACUUCUUGAUCAAGACCAUCCGGAAUGAAGGCCCUAUGGGUCUCUACAAGGGAUUUACACCCCAAUGGAUGAGGUUUGGUCCAUUUACGGUGAUCCAACUGAUGACUUGGGAACUUCUAAUAAAUUUAUUUGCAAUUAGAGCUUAG